AUGCUUGCUCAGAGAUGUGGGAGUCUUCUACCUUGUCAAGUGCGACAGAAACGGCCCCGACUGGCUCAGUGUAUGUCUGCAGUUUUACAACGACAACGAAAGACACUGAUAUAUCAAUCCGGAGUACUGGUGUCGAGGAGGAAACUAACGGGUGCUGCCAGUUUCGCCAUUGACCGCACCGACUCAGCUCACCGACCAGAUGGGGAACGGCCCACUUUCUCACCAAACAGACCUUGGUUCUCGCAUCAGGGAACCGCAGGCUCGGAUUUCAAGGCGCAGAGUGAAGAUGAGAGACUAUGGAAGUCCACAAAACAGUUUUGCAGGGAGUAUAGCGUCUCUUUCGUGCAAUGA